AUGUCCAGCAAGAAGGCGUCAAAAGCUUGCCGGCAGCUUCCGCUGGAGUCAUUUCCCGCAAUCGUUUAUAUAAUUGUUCGAAUUGCCGGGUUCACAGAGACCAGUAAGAUGGAAAUGCCCCACUCAUAUCCGAUUCCCUUGUUGCUGCAAGGCCAUCAUGGUAUGCAACCCGCUGACGAGGCCGCUCAUGUCCGAAGAGUUGUCGAGCACUUGAUCCCACACACAUCUGGACAAACGGAGACCCGAUUUGAUCCAGAGUUGCAAUCUGUCUUUACUCCCAGUGCCCAGCAAGGUCUAGUUGGGCAUUCCAACGGUGGCCAUAUUGUGAUAGAUGUUAUUGGCGAUAGUUCCCCGUCGAUCACAAGGCCGGCCGAUUUUCGUCAGCUGGAUUUCGAGACAGGAGCUCAUGAAGCCCAGGAGACCCCUGCCCGCCAGACUGUGGACCAUUGA